AUGGCAGAGUUUACUGUGAACCUUGCUAUAGAAACAUUGGGUUCCUUGGUUGUCCGGGAAACCAAGCUGUUGAGAAGUGUAAAGAAAAAAGUUGAAAGCAUCAAAGAAGAAUUGGAGAUCAUCAGAUCUUUCCUCAGGGAUGCAGAUACAAAAGCAGCGGCCGAAGAAGAAGGAGGAAGCAAUGGAGGUGUCGUAAGUACUUGGGUAAAACAAGUAAGGGAACAAGCUUAUCACAUUGAAGACGUCAUAGAUGAGUACAUACUUAAUGAGGCGAAGCAUCAUGAACAAGAUGGCAAAGGUCUCACUGGUUUCCUUCGUAAAAUGUGUUGCUUCAUGAAUGAACUUAAGGUGCGUCAUGGAAUUUCAUCUGAGAUUCAACAUAUCAAAUCAUCACUUUCUGAUAUACGGACAAGAGCAGGAGACUAUAACUUGAAGCAGAUAGAUCAAGGAGAUGUUGUACCGCACGACUCUCGAGUUGGUUCCUUUUUCAUCCCAGGCGCUGAAGUUGUGGGCAUCGAAUCUACUAUAGACCAAUUGAUUGGUUUGUUGGUAAGUGGAACAUCCAAUCGUUCAGUGGUUGCAGUUGUGGGCGAAGGAGGACUUGGCAAGACCACUCUUGCUGGGAAAAUUUAUAAGGAUGAUAGAGUGAAGAAGCAUUUCGAUUGCCAAGCUUGGAUCACGGUUGGGAAAGCAUGCACCAAAAUGGAUAUACUAAGGAAAACUAUACAACAGUUUGAGGGUGUGACAAGGUAUACUCAUGGAGAAAUGGACAAAAUGGAAGAGAAAGAUCUCCUCACCACACUGCAGACACAAUUAAAAGACAAGUGUUACAUGGUUGUUUUUGAUGAUGUGUGGAAAAAUGAUUUUUGGGGUAAUAUAGAGCAUGCUUUAAUAAAGAACAACAAAAGCAGUAGGAUUAUGCUCACAACCAGAAACAGGGGCAUUGCUGAUUUGAUUCCCUUUGUUAAUGUCCAUAGGCUACAACCCUUGCCUUCAGAUAAGGCGUUCAAACUUUUUAGUACAAAGGCUUUUGGUCCUCAGGGGUGUUGUCCCCCCGAGUUGGAGAAACUGUCUCGUGACAUCCUUCGGAAAUGUGGAGGUUUACCACUAGCAAUUGUUGCCGUAGGUGGUCUUCUCUCAAACAAGAUCAAUGUUGCUUUUGAAUGGAAAAAGUUACUUGAGGACUUGGGGUCACAGUUGGGAAGCAAUUCUCACCUAGACGAUUGCAACAAAGUUUUAUUAGAAGGUUAUUGUGGUCUACCUCACCAUCUCAAAUCUUGUCUCUUGUACUUUGGUUUUUUUCCAGAAAGCUACCCAAUCAAUUGUGCAAGACUGAUUCGCCUAUGGAUUGCUGAGGGCUUUGUCCCUUAUUCCAAACGCCACACUUCUGAACAAGUUGCUGGAGAAUGUUUGGCUGAUCUCAUUAACAGAAGCUUGGUUCAAGUGGUGGAGACGGAUUUCAUGGGAAGACCUAGAUAUUGUCGAGUCCAUGAUCUGAUGCAUGAGAUUAUCCUAAGAAAGACCGAAUAUUUGGGCUUCUCUCAUUUGAUGAACAGAGAACACUCAAAUCCCUCUAGCAAAAUUCGGCGCAUUUCAAUACAAGCAAGUGCUGAUAGUGUUCUUGAGAGCAUCAAGGACUCAAAGAUACGUUCUGUUUCUCUUUUCAAUGUUGAUAGGAUGCCUAACUCUUUCAUGACUACACUUGUUGUGGAUUUCAAACUUAUAAAAGUACUUGAAUUUGAAGAUAGUCCUAUAGAGUAUCUUCCUGAAGGAGUGGGAAACCUCUUCCACUUGCAUUACUUAAGUUUGAAAAAUACAAAAGUAGAAGUACUUCCCAAGUCCAUUGGUAAGCUUCUCAACUUGGAGACCUUGAAUUUGAAGCGUACUCUUGUCACUGAGCUUCCUGUUGAGAUCAAGAAUCUUAAGAAGUUGCGUUAUCUAUUGAUAUACCGUGUGGGCAGUAGUGGUCGUUACGAAGAGGUAAAAGUACCUAUGGGGUUUGGCUCUUUAUUGGAUCUGCAGAAGCUAGGUUAUGUGGAAGCUAACUGGGAAGUACUCAAAGAGCUUAGGAAGCUAAGGCAUCUGAGAAAGUUAGGAAUUAAGAUCACAAAUGGAAACGAGAAGGAUCUAUGUGCUUGCAUUGGAUAUUUGGAAAAACUUAUAUCUCUGAGUCUUAGGUUGGCAAGUAGAGAAGAAAUUCUUGAUAUAGAAUCGAUGACUUCUCCUCCUCAUGGUCUUCAAAGCCUCUUCUUAAGAGGAAAUAUGAAGAAGCUGCCAGAUUGGAUUUUUAAUCUUGAAUAUAUUGUCAGAAUUGGUUUAGAUUUGUCAGGAUUGACUGAUGAUCCCAUGAGAGUCCUUCAAGCCAUGCCUAAUUUAUUGGAGCUUAGGCUAUGGGACACAUGCCAUGAUAAGCAAUUACAUUUCAAAGAAGAUUGGUUUCCAAAACUAAAAAUUUUGCUACUCUUUGACUUUGAAGGAGUGGAAUCGAUGAUUAUAGACAAAGGUGCAAUGCCCAACCUUGAAAAGUUAAAUGUGGGACCAUGGCCUCAAUUGAAAGAGUUUCCAAUUGGAAUUGAACAUCUAAGAAACCUAAAGUUUCUUGAGUUUAAUUCUAUGUUGAAAAAAAUUUAUUAUAUGAUGGAGGACGAGAAGUGGAAGAAAGUUACCCGACAUAUACCGAAAGUCUAUGUCACUUACAAAAUGGAAGGAAAAGUGUUUUAUACCACUGCUAAGUAUCUCUCGUCUAUCUCGCCUGUGAAUUUUGAGCAAUAUAUUGAAAAAGUGGAGCGAAGUAACGAGUCCUCUCAUUCGUGA